AUGGGUUGGUUCAGCAACGACUCCCAGCAGGCUUCCAGCCACCAGCAGUGGAACGAGAGUGACCCCAAGCAACACGAGGCCAGCUUCGCCCACGAGCUGAUCGCCGGUGCUGCCAGCUACGAGGCCGCUAAGGCCUACGAGAAGCACGAGCAGGCCAACGGCAAGCCCGCUAGCCACGCCGAGGCCAAGGAGCUCAUGGCCGGUUUCGCCGGUGCCUUCAUUGACCGUGAGGCUGAGACCAAGGGUCUUGACUUUAUCGACCGUGAGAAGGCCAAGCGCCAGGCUCGCCAGCACAUUGACGAGGCACAGGGUGGUUGGUAA